CGAUGAUUAACUGAAAUUGUAAAUCGACAGUACCCUACAUUACCAAAAUGCCUUUGCCUACGCUUAAAUUAGUUAUCUCCAAUUCGUCGUCUUCUUCAAAGUACGACGCAACCCUCACUUUCAACCUCUGCAACCCCUCAUUGAUGUCACUCUCACCUAUCUCUCCCUAUCCUCACCCAUUGUCGCCUUCCUCCCCCACUGCAUGAACAAGGAUCGUCUAAUCCCACACUCCGUCGCUGUCGAUAUUAUCCCCAGAUUCCCUGAAUCCGGUUGUAAAAUCAAACCCUAAUCCAAUUCCGAUCUAGUCGCCGGAAUUCGUCGCGCAAUGUCCGUCGCCGGAGAGCUGCGAACCCGGACGCUCGGCGCCACCGAACGAAGCUGGUGCAAGGCGGUGCCCGGCGGCACCGGAAUAACCGUCAUGGCUCUCCUUCUCGCCAGACCUCCCGACGCCGAUUGCCUCCAGAGAUCGCUCCGCCGCCUCCAGAUUAACCACCCAAUCCUCAAUUCGAAGCUCCGGUUCGAUUCCCCCGCGAAUUCGUACUCCUACGUCACCUCCGCAGCGCCUUACGUCGAAGUCCGGCGGUUCGAUCUCCAAUUGACGUCUGAAAUUCUCCGGAACAGUUUCCCGGGCGAGUACGGCUCCAUUCCGCCCUUCCAUCUCCUUCUAGAACACGAGCUGAACAGCAACACGUGGCAGAAUCCUGACCAUUCAUCGGAUAUUGAUCUCUUCUUGUCGAGCUUAUACACUCUGGAGGAUAACCGUUGGGUUGCUACGAUUAGGGUUCAUACGUCCGUGUGCGACAGAGCGUCGGCUCUGACGCUGCUUCAGGAACUUCUGGAGAUGAACGGAGGAGGAAAAGGAGAUUCAGAAAUGGAAUUGGGGAAGGAGAUCGAGGUUAAUUUACCGAUUGAGGAAUACAUUCCUAGCGGACAGGGGAACAAGCCAUUCUGGGCGCGUGGCGUGGACGUGUUAGGGUACUCGUUGAAUUCAUUCCGAUUGGGGAAUUUGAGUUUUCAGGACACCAUCUCCGGCAGAAUGUCGCGCGUUGUCAGGUUGCAGAUCGACGGCGAAGGCACCGGCCGGAUUCUAUCUAGUUGUCAACGUAACGAAAUAAAAUUGUUCGAGCUUCUUGCCGCGGCGGGAUUACUCGCUACUCAUUCAUCGAAAGGGAUUCCCGAAGGCCAAUGGGAAAAAUAUGCCCUCGUAACUCUCAUGGAUUGCCGUUCCGUUCUCGAUCCUCCGCUCUGCAGCAACCAUAUUGGUUUUUAUCACUCUGCAAUUCUGAAUUCUCACGACAUAAAAGGCGGCGAAGAUUUGCUCGAGCUGACGAAGCGAGUCCAUUCGUCGUUCGAGACUGCGAAGAGCAACAAGAAGCAUUUUACCGACAUGGGCGACGUAAACUUUCUGAUGUGCAAGGCUAUCGAGAAUCCCGGCCUGACGUCGAUGGGAUCGCUCCGAACUUCGCUUAUAUCCGUCUUCGAGGACCUCGUGAUCGACGCUUCGAAUGAGCUUCAUAAGGGCCUCGGCUUGGAAGACUUCAUCGGAUGCUCGUCGGUGCACGGUGUGGGGCCGUCGAUUGCGAUAUUCGACGCGAUUCGAGACGGGAAACUCGAUUGCGCUUGCGUUUUCCCAUUCCCGCUGCACUCGAGGGAGCAAAUGCAGGAGCUCGUCGACAAAAUGAAACGGAUUCUUCUCGAAGGAACGACCAAAUGACGUUAUAUCGAUCGAUCGCGGAGUUUAUUCGUAAGUAAAACCCUGCGCUUCGUUAGCUCGUUGUUUUUAUGUUUUCUUGAAUCCAUCGAAUUCGAGUUAUCCGUUUGUUAAAGCUUCGUUAAAACUUUCGCGUUUAAUUUUAAGAUUAGACCCUUCCGCUUAAUGCAAAUAUUCGUCGAAUCUAUAUAAAAA